CAUGUAAACAAGUCGUUCGUCGUCUGCCAUGUUUGAUUUUUGACAGAUACGCGUCUUGAAUGUUUUGAUCAAACCUUUGGUGCAAAGCGUCUAAAUGAUAACGUUUGUUUUUGAUGCGGCGCGCGUGCUAUCUGUCAAAAGACGCUGGGCGAUUGUGACAACACUAAGCCUAAUGGAAUAUUCUCAGGUAAGCAAAUAUUAUCCAUAUAAGCAGUUUUACUAAUGCUGAUCCCAUUUACCACUUUUCACGAAAUGGUGUAGGCCUAUUUAUAUCUAGUAGGUCAAAAUUAAGUGAACGGCACAUUAUUGAACAUGAUAUGCCUUCGAGAUCAGACCAGAGUACCGGACCCGGGACAGUCACAGCGUAGGCCUAUUUGUAAUACGUUACUGUUCAAGUCGAAUUAAAGAUGAAUUAGAAAAGCCAUACGGUAUUGUAUAAGUUCACUUUUUACUCCAAUCUCGACAAUUUUCCGUUAUAAAACCUCAUUUAUCACAGUAGCUGUCGUCUGCCUCUAGGUUUGAUGACGUCACGAUUAAGGUUAUAAAUAGUAGCUCAAAAAAACCCAACCUGUCGAGAUGUAUGUCAACAACGUCGGCAAUUUAUCGGAGCUCGAGGAUUCAGCUCCGUUGUUCGAGGACCAAGAUUCUCAAGAUGUGGGUGUGCGUGCAAGUAUUGCAGCAGCCCCUUGCAGAGGUUGCGAGGAAAAUAAAAUCCUCUUACAGCAGAUAUUACAGGAACUGAGGGAACUGAGAAAAAUCACCUCAAAGCCCACAUUAAGGGAAAGUGCAGCCACUUUCAGUGUGGAGAAAUCAUCGUUAGAGAAACCAUUGACUGAAUACAUAAAACAAAGAUUCAGAACUUAUCCUUUCAUACAAGAUACAGAUGAAGAAUUGUUGAUGAAAAUCAAAGGUUUGUCUACUUCUUUUCCAAAUAAAGAAGUAGUAAAAAGUGCAUGUAAAAAGUACUGCUCCAGGAAGAUGGUUGACUUCAGAAGUCAGACAAAGGCCAAGUUGCUCAGCAAAGAGGGUGUGGAUCCGGCAGAGAUGUCAUUAGGAGGAUUGGAAAACUAUCUGUUUAAGAAGUUUGGGGAGGCGAGGAGAUUAACAAUGUGCCUUAGAUGUUAUUGCCAUGAACAGCGGUUAUGGAGGAGGCCAGCUGGUAGUCAGAGGACCAAGGACUUAGACUUUUGGGGGGGGUUCAGAGUGUUUAUGGAGAGGGUUAUAAGUAAGGAAGAGAGUGGGAAGUGGGAGAGAAUGAAAACGAGGGAGGAAGGGAGAAUUGAAAGGUAUGUGAAUGUAAGUGCAUAAGAGGAUUGGUGAGAGCUAGCUAGAGAAUUUCAAAAUUGAACAUUAAUAAAACAAUAUAAUCAUAUAUUCCAUUUCUGUUUGUUUUAUAUAUGCAGUCUUGUUCCAACACGGUAAGUUUACCCUUGGUUUGGUUUAUUUAGUUUAACGUCCUAUUAACAGCCAGGGUCAUUUAAGGACGUGCCAGGUUUUGGAGGUGGAGGAAAGCCGGAGUGCCCAGAGAAAAACCACCGACCUACAGUCAGUACCUGGCAACUGCCCCACGUGGGAUUCGAACUCACAACCCAGAGAUGGAGGGCUAGUGGCAGAAUGUCGGAACACCUUAACCACUCGGCCCCGAAUUUACCCUUGGAAAAUAUUCCAGAAAUAGGCAAACGAGACACUAAUGAUGAUUCACCUUGACUGUUUUAUUUACAUACCGUAUGUAUAAAAGGUUAAAACGAGAAAAGGUUGAUCAUUUAGUGCCUCCUUUGGCUAUAUACUCGUAUAAUAAGCAAAGUAAAGGGAUGUACAAAGUUUAAAACUGAUAAGAAUUAUCUCUCUUCAGCAUUCUAUAGCUGUUGAUGUCAAUUAUUUCAUUGUUCAGGGAUGACAAUUGAGCAGCAACACGUCCAGAUCGAUGCAGAAGGAUUCAUCAUGCAUCAUUCAUUAUUUUUACAUGCUAAAUUUUCCAGGUGAAAUUCACGUGAAUUUCACGUGAAAUUCACGUGAAA